AUGCAGUUCGAGCCCGCGUCCCCGCGCCCGGCCACGCUGCCGCCCUUGCCGCCGGCCCGCCCGCUGCCACCGCUCUCAUCGAUCUGCGGCAUGCCACGCCAGCCUUACCCAGCUGCCACCAGCUACCCGCCUUACCCCGAGCCAUCGGCCAAGGCCAACGACGACGACGAUGACGAUGACGACGCCGACGUCAUGGACGACGAAGACGAGCACAAGAAGACACGCCGGCGCGAGCAGAUUGCGCGGUCGGCGCGCCGCCACCGGUCCAAGCAAAAGGAAGAGCUCGUGUCGCUGCGCCAACAGGUCUACUUGCUCCAAGGCGAAAUGGAGGCGUUGCGGGUCAAGCACAAGACCGCGCACCCGGACGGCAGUGACUUUACCGAGUGGGAAGAAAAGGCCCUCGCCCAACGGCGGAAGCGCAAGAAGGCGGAAGACGAAAAUGGCAUGUUGCGUGGCCUCUUGCACGACCAAGCCACGUUCACCGAGACGGUCCGCGACAUGUGGAUCAAGUCGCCGCUCAUUACACAGUACCCUGGCAUGACACCGUCCAUCUUGGCGGGCGACCGGUCGUUCAACCACCUUGGGCGCGACCUGCCGAGCCGGAUUGCGGCGCUCCAGCGCAUCGCCGAGACGCGCAUGGAGCUCGCGUACGAGUUUGUCAUGCGGGAGACGCACGCGUUUCCCAGUACCCCGGGGCACCUCGAUAUCAAGCUCAACGGGACGGGCCAAGACAUUGAUAUCAAGCUCAUUCGCGUGUGCGAGAUUGACGGCGUCGACCACCAUCAAGUCAUCGAAGCGCUCAUCCACUCGGUCAUCAACGACCCGGCCAAGCUGCUCAUGGUCGACGCGUGCACGCGCUAUGGCCGCGCGUCGCUGCCCGUGUCGAUUGACCAAACGCGGUACUCGAUGGAGUCGCUCUUUGUAAUUCGCCAUCGGAGCUCCAACUCGAUCGGGAUGGUGUCGUGGGACUCGGUCGACCAAGACGAUUUGCACCCGAUCCCGGACGAGUACACGAUCCGCAACGAAGAAGUCGGGAGUGUCCUGCUCAACACGUGCUUUCGACCGGACGGCGCCAAGUACACGACGCUGCGCUUUGUCUUGCACUCGCGCCCGCCGGUCAAGGCGCUCGCCAAGCCGAGCAGCAAGAUCAACGAGGCGUUCCUCACGGUGUUUUGCCGCCGCGCCGAAGCGCUCGAGAAGCAAAUGCGCACGAAACUCUCCAUGUUCCCGCCCGUCUCGUGCGCGUCCGAGUCGUCGACGUCGUCGCCGUCGUCGCCGUCGCUCUCGACCACGUAG